AUGAGCUACCGCCGCCACACCAAGUCCUCCGCCAGCUCCGGCUCGCGGCGCAGGUCCACGCCCACGCUGCGCGACGGCCUCUCAGAGGUGGCGGGCAGCCUGAACUCCCCACUCUUCGUCAGCCAGAGCGCGCUGCCGCCCGAGGCGGAGACCGUCGCCACCAUAGAG